CUGUGCUGCUUGUGCCUUUUUUUUUUCCGUCCAGAUCAACACAACGUGCACCAAGCCCUUGCAGACCAAUCACACACAGAACCGACACCAUGCCUGAGUUCACCGAGAAGCAGAUCAAGGCCGCCAAGAAGGAGGGUGGCAAGAAGGGCCAGGACCUUUCCGGCAUGCACGACAUGGGUGGCAUCAGCUACUUCCACGUCGCCAUGGAGAAGUGCGAGGGCUCCCUCGAGCUCCUGCAGCACGCCCUUGACGGCGCCAACGUCGAGGUCGACGAGAAGGCCGACGACCGCAAGGGUGGUGCCGGCCACCUCGGCAAGAUGUUCCUGUCUGCCAACAACGACCAGCUCGCCAUCAUCUGCCACGUGCCCAAGGACCGCCACGAGGUUGUCACUCCCAAGGAGUGGGUCGAGGUCUUCCUUGGCAUGUACAACGGCAAGAUCGUCGAGGAGGGCGAGGACUUUGUCAAGGCCACCGUCCCCGCCGACAAGGACAACGAGCGCUUCCCACUGAAGAUGCGCGACGAGGCCAUGAACCUCGGCUACAGCUUCCUCGCCAAGAAGGGUCUUGUGCGUGAGGACGAGGACGAGGACGACAUGCUCGACGGCGACGCUCUUGAGGCCGCUGGCAUCGAGUGGUAAACAGGUGCUGCUACACAAGCCACGUGCAUCAAGUCGCGCACUUGUUGUGACAUGUGAUGUCCCGUGGUCGUUCCACCACUGCCGCCACCACCAAUUCACCUUAAGCCUUGGGAGCUGUUUCGGCCUGUCUGUUUAGUUGUCCCCCCCCCCCACCUUUCUCUCCUUUUUGUCUCUGCUAUGUCUCACAUUCAUUGCGUGUGCAUGAAUUGUUGAUCUCCUUGGACGUGUGCUCCGGCCUCCGUUCAUUGCCAUUCAUUGAUGCUUGUGGUUGACUUGAAGUACAACGAUGCCGCCAGCAAUACAAAACGAUUGUGUGGGUGGGUUUGCAUUGCAUAUGUGUGUGUGUGUGUGUGUGUGCAUGGGUGUCUAUUUUUUUGCGUGUGUGCAGGCGGAGGUUGGUGUUCCUUCAUUUACGUGUGGUUGUGACAGAUGAGACGCGGUCUUAACAAUCAAGAAGAGUGGGCGA